CCAUAUGAGUAAAAGCGAGUGUGAUAACUUAUCGGACGUGCCAUGAUAAGAAGAUUCCUCAAACACGAGUAACGUGGGAGAGAGGCGGCGGGUCCGGAGGUUGCCAGGUUGUCUGUCGUUCAGUCUAGUCAUACUGUACCGAAAAGGAAGUGGUUAUCCUCCUUAUCUACCUCCUAACACGUCUUCCGAGAAUGAGAUACACAGGAGAAAAAACCGUUAUCAUAUAGUGCAGUGCGAUGCUGGGAAGACAUGUUCAGUUGCCUGGGAAGGGGGGUAAUUGGAGGUGUUUCUGUGGAGCACAUCGAGACCGCGCGGAGCUAUAGUGUAACCCUGAACGAUAACACAGAAGAAAAAAGGCCAUUAUUAAAGUACAGUGUGGUGCUGGGGAGACAUGUUCAGUUGCCCAGGAAGGGGGAUAAUAAGGUGUUUCUGUGGAGCCUCGAGACCGCGCGGAGCUACACUAGUGUAACCCUGAACGAUAACACAGAAGAAAAAAGGCCGUUAUUAAAGUACAGUGUGGUGCUGGGGAGACAUGUCCAGCUGCCUAGGAAGGGAGAUAAAAUGUCUUUCCGUGGAUGAUGGGUUGGGCAUGGGCGUGGCAGUGAGGGAGAACCAGAGGGGAGCAGUGGCGUGGUGUGGUUGAGGACUUGAGGAGCCAGUGGUUGUGCAGUGGUUUGGGUGCGUGGACUGGUGCUGAGUGCUGGAUUGGCCCCUGAAGAUGGCCAUGCCGAGUAUUAAGUUCACUAAGGCCGUGCCAGGCGUGCGGCGAAGGGUCUACGUGCUGGGCGUGACGAGUAUGGUGACAGCACUGGGACAGAUCAUUGGCUUCCUGGUGAUGCUGAGCCUGGUGCUGAGGCCUGAGCACCAAGACAACCAAGUGGCCUGGAUGUGUGUGGGAAUAGCUGUAAUCACCAGUUUUUACCUCGCCCUCACUGGACGCCUCCUCUUCCUAUUCCACGAGAGGCGGUACGAGGAGACGAAAGGCCCUGAGUGGAUGUGGUGGUUUGGUACCUUGGGCGUCGUGAUAUUCAACGCCUGUCUGGUGGUUUGGUUUAUCCUCCUCCCAGACCCCAUCCCCGGAAGCAUCUGUGCCUUGGCAGUGGUCCUUUACCUCCUCUUCUUCAAGUUUGCCAAAGAUGAUGUCAAGUUCCUCAGGGAUGAUGCAGAAAAGUCUGGUAAUGAUGAUGAAAUUGUGCCUGUCAUCCGCACCACUUCCUACGCUCUUGCUUCACCUUCAGCUGGGUCGCCAUCAGCCAAAUAACGUUGGUAGUAUUGACAGAUGGAUUAAUGAUCAAAUUAUGUAUAGACGUGUUUUUGGUCCAGCAGUUUUUGUUGUUGUAAUGUUAAAGUAUUAGUGAACUUGAUUUGUUACAUGUUAUUAUUUUGUUACACUUAUUUCAAUGUAAUUAUCCUGUUUUCAAUUUAAUGUGUAUGUUAGUUUUGUCUUAUAAAUAACUUCUAUGACAUGCUUCAGUAGGAACACUGAGGCUUUAUGUAGUGUUACUAGGAGGCCACCUAAUUAUAUGUGACCUUGUGCAUAUUUAUGAGUUGCUUCUUCAGGGAACUCUUUAUUCUGCUGCGUCAAAUAUUAUCAGACAUCUGUUCUUGUUAUCAAUCUAGUUUCCUGUGAGUGUGAGAAGGGUAAGCUGUAAAGGACGAUGACUCCCUCGACAUCUGUGUUCUUUUCUUGGACCUUAUGUUAUAAGAUUAUAUUGUUAAGAAGAACACGAACAACACUAAGUAGAAUGUGAAAGCUCAGUAGCCUAAUCCAGUAAUACAAUAAUGAAAAUAAAUACUUUAUUAAUGUGGAA